AUGAGUCUACUGUAACCCCUGCCCCCCAUGCUCACCCCAUGCGUGAGGCCCUCAGGAUGUCCGGGCACCAGGGCGGAGGGUCUGUGUGGCCAGUCAGGGCGAGGGAUCUGAUUGCCCUAGAAGUGUGUGCCUGCGACUGCGUCACACCAUGCGUGACACCAUUCAGAUGCUACCAGGACCCUGUGACACUGCGGGCUGCCAUCCCCCCUCCUCCUCCUCCACUCAGACCUAGGCCUUUGACCCGCUGUCCCAGCCUGAAGCCCUGCUCACGCCUGUUCCCUGCCUCGGUGGAUUCCCAUCUGCGCGCCCCAGGGUUUGUUUGGGUAUUAAGAUCGGAAGCCUCUCUGUGUCCCCCUUCUCAACAUUCCAUCUUCCUGGUGCUACUUUAAAUCAGCACCCUCUUCUCCCCGAGGACAGGGAGGGGCCUUCAGAAUCCUCUGAGUCCCCAGAGCAUACAGAGACCCCCACCCCACCACACUCGCAGAGCCCAGUCAGUGAACACUGAGUAAGGGCUGAGUGGGUGGUGACCCCCGCCCUGUACAUGCGAACUCUGGUCUCUCUGUGCUAAUGGCUGUAACCUCUGGGGUGCAGGGCCAGGAGGUUCUAGGAAUCCCCUCUGCCCAGACAGAAGCUCUGCUGGGAGGAAGUGUGUGGGGGCGUGCUGUUGGGCUCCAGGUGCGGCCUGCAUUGGCCGCUAGUAACGAGAGCCUGGGGACAUGGGGCGGGGGUAGCACCUGCUUCACUGGGCACUUUCAGUCCCACCGGCCCCGCCCAGAAGGCUUCCCUAGAGAGGCCCCAGACUCCCCCGGAGCAAUGAGGGUGAGGCAGCCCUGAUUGCCAGAGCAGGGUGCAGUCGGGCAGGCCAUUGGGACCGUGACUGUGGCCAUGUCCGCGGCGGCUGUGAAAGGUCCACUUGGGCCGGAGGCGGGGACGACUGGGUGCCGGCGCGUCCUUCUGACAGACAAAGAAGGGGGGCAGCUGCCACCAGAUGAGGUGCUGGACGAGGCUGUGCCAGGGUACCGGGCCCCGGGGACGAAGAGCCUCCUAGAGAUCCAGCAGCUGGACCCAGAUGAUGAGAGCCUGGCCAAGUACAAGCGGGUGCUUCUGGGGUCCCUGCCGCUAGCUGUGGACCCAAGCCUGCCCAACGUACAGGUGACCAGGCUGACGCUGAUGUCUGAGCAGGCUCCGGGGCCCAUGACCAUGGACCUCACAGGGGAGCUGGCUGCACUGAAGAACCAGGUGUUCGUCCUGAAGGAGGGCGUUGAUUACAAAGUGAAGAUUACUUUUAAGGUCAAUAAGGAAAUCGUCAGUGGCCUCAAGUGUCUGCAUCACACCUACCGCAGGGGCCUGCGAGUGGACAAGGCCGUGUACAUGGUGGGCAGUUACGGCCCAAGCACCCAGGAGUACGAGUUUGUAACUCCAGUGGAAGAGGCGCCUCGGGGCGCACUGGUGAGGGGCGCCUAUGUGGUCACAUCCUUCUUCACUGACGACGACAGGGCAGACCACCUUUCCUGGGAGUGGGGCCUCCGCAUCUGCCAGGACUGGAAGAGCUGAGCGCCCACCCUCCCUGCCCUGCCCUGGGAGCUGUCUUCCCGCCUGGGGUCCUGGUUUCCUCUGCCUGUCAGUCACUGCACAGGGACCCCCGAGCAUUCCCCAGCCCCUCUGUCAGUGACCAGACCCCUCAUGACCUCUGCCCCGCCUCAGGACACCCCCUUCCUGGGCCUGGCACUGUGCCCUGAAUAGCCCCAUUAAACGCCUGUCUCAGUG